UUUGUCUUGCAAGAGCCUUUUCUUCAUCUUCAUCCAUUGUUUCUUUCUUUCUUCUACCUUCCCAUCAAUAUCUAUCUGUCCUUCCUUGGAAAAAUCAAAGGAAGAGAGAGAGAGAGAGAGAGAGAGAGAGAGAGAGAGAGAGAGAGAGAGAGAGGGAGAGAUGGGUGUUAACAAUCUUGUUGAAGAGAAGGCUCUUCUUGGUUAUGGAGAUAGAAGAAGCAUGGAAGACAGCCUUGAAGAGAGAGUUUCUUUGUUUCUUGAUGAAGUUUUUGAUGAUUCUGAUCCUUCUUUUGAUGCUCAUGAUUAUGAUGAUGAUGAUGAUUCCUUUAUUGAUCAUCACAAUGCCCAUUUACACGACUCCAUGGAAAGGACCAUUUUCUGGGAAUCACAAGAGGCUUUGCUUCAGGAGGUGUUGGAACGUUAUAGCUUAACAGUAUCAAAGUUGAGGCAAGAGAUCAACAAAAUAAUAGAGAUGGCAAAAGAGAGAGAUUCUUGCAAAUGCCUUGAGCCUAUUACUUGUUUUAGACAAAAGGUUGUUGAUUUGCUCUGCCAAAGAGGAUUCAGCGCUUCUCUCUGUACUUCCCAAUGGAAACACACUAAAAAAUUCCCUGGAGGGAAACAUGAGUACAUUGAAGUAAUUGUGAGCACAAGUGAAAAAAAGAAGCAAAUCCCAUACCUAAUAGAAUUGGAAUUCAAGGAACAAUUUGAGAUAGCAAAAGCAUGUGAAGAGUACAAGAAACUUAUAGCCCAAUUGCCAAAAUAUUACAUAGGAAAAGCUGACUACCUAAAUGCCAUUGUUGGUAUUCUCUGUGACUCAGCCAAGAGAUCAAUGAAAGAGAAGAAAAUCCAUAUGGGUCCAUGGAGAAAGAGAAGCUUCGUGCAAAUGAAAUGGUCAAGUUCUUCCACAAAAGGAGGAGAGUCAAUUGACGAUUCUUCAAGUAAUAAAUUUUCUCCACUUUCAUCAAGGCAAGCUCAUGAAUCUUGCUUCCACUUCUCUGUAACUCCUGCUGUGAUAGUUACUUAAUUAGAUGCUCACUGGAAGCAAAAGAAAAAAAGGGUAGCAUUACUAUGUGUUAAAAAAAUUUUGACUCUUUCUUUACAUUUCUAGCUUGUUUGAUAUAUGCAAAAAGAAAAUGCUACUAGUAUACUUAUAUGCGAGUACUGAGUAGGGUAAUGAGAUGAGUAUCUGUAGUUGCAUUCGUGUUGGUUGAGAAGAUGAUGUGAGAAGUUCGGGCAGACCCCAGAGUAGAGCUUUCUACUUGGAAUGCUUAAAAUUGCAUUUAGUGAGUCAUUCAAGUGGUAACUAGCAACUCCAGAUCAUGUAAUAGAAUAGUUUGCAGUGGUGCUAGUAUACAAGUGUGAUGCUAAUGGACAACAGUUUUGUUCCCAGGGAAUUGCUUUUUGAGUGUAUUAUCAGAAUUCAGAAAUGUGAGACUUGUUAUGUCGAGUAUUUAUCUAUGUAAUGAAGUAGAAAAUUUUCAA